AUGUUGUACGAGACAAUCGGCAUUGUCCGCUCCGGGCACCUCCCCGAAGUAAAAGAGCUGGUCCUCACGGCCGGCAAGAUCAUCCUCCAGCAGGGGGGUGUCAUCCGCGACAUCCGUAACUGGGGCACCUUCUCCCUCCCCCAGGCCAUCUCCCGCGGCCAGCAGCGCCACACAAAGGGCCACUACUUCAUCAUGCGCUACGACUGCGGCAUCAAGGCCAACGAGCAGGUCCGCAAGACGCUCGCCCUCGACGUGCGCGUCAUCCGGUCCGCCAACGUCAAGCUCGGCAACGGCAAGCUCGAGACGCUGAGCAAGUUUGGCGAGAUUCGGUGGGAUAAGCUGGAGGGGGAAGUGUAA